CUCCCUCCUCCAAAGUCCUACUCGCUCUCUCGCUUUGCAUGCAUGCAUGCGUGCGUGCACUCGCCCCCCUCCCCGCCCGCACUCUCACCCCCUCUCCCCUCCUCUUGCAACCUCAACUCACUUUUUAAGCCAGCCUGAGUCAAGAUUAUAACGGGUUGGAAAUAGAGAGCGCCCCGCCAGAGGAGAGUGCAUUGUUUUGUUUUGUUUCUGAAUUGGAGCGACUGGGUUGCUUCCAUGCCCAGCCGAGAGGAUGAGCAGGAGCAGGAGAUGAGCGCAAGAGCACGUACCGGGCCGGCGGCGCUUUGUGGGACGGACAUUGUCUCUUUGGACGCACAUCCUGCACACUUGGACCGGAGCUGACCUCGACCUGGAUGGAAUGCAGAUGGAUGCGCCGAGGCAAGUUUCCGAUGUAGAGCUUCCUCUCCGGAGUUCCACCUGAGCGUCUGAUGGAUGGUCGUGUUUUGGCCGAGCUGCGGACAUGAAUCGUGAGGCCUCCGCCGUGACGUGGACGCGCUUGCCUCCGGGAGAAAUCUGAGCAUCCGGAAUACACGCAGACUUUUUUUUUUUUUUUUUUUAUCCGAGCCAACCAGGGGACGCAAACCAUGGAGUUGUUGUGGUUUGGCCUCGGACUGAGCGCAUGUUUUUAGUCCGACUGUAGCACCCUCUUCCCCUUCCUCCUCCACCCCGUCCCAUCUCCCCCGGUCCUGAAACCCACCACCCCUUUCCCUCAUGUCCCAUCUUUCCCAGAAUUAUGGAAAUUUUGUGGAAGACGCUAACUUGGACAUUGAGCCUGGUGGUCGUGGCCGCUUCGGAAUUUCAGAGCGUCGAUCGACUUUUGCACGACUCUCAAGAGGAGUUCCUGUCCUACCUGCAGCACUAUCAGCUGACCGUUCCUGUACGGGUGGAUGAGAACGGAGAGUUCCUGAGCUACACUGUGAAGCACCACCGACCCGGACGACGGAGACGCGGGGCGGUCGACCUCUCGGCGGAGCCGCCGGAGUCGCAGCUUUUCUACAGACUCUCCGCCUACGGGAUGCACUUCCACUUAAACCUGACUCUCACCCCUCACUUGGUCUCCAAGCAUUUCACGGUGGAGUACUGGGGCCGCGACGGCAUGGAGUGGCGCCACAACCUGGUGGACAACUGCCACUAUGUGGGAUUCUUGCAGAACCGCAGCCGUGCCACCAGAGUGGCGCUCAGCAACUGCAACGGCCUGCACGGAGUCAUCACAACGGAGGAAGAACAGUAUUUAAUCGAGCCAUUAAAGAACAUAUCCUCCCCCUCCGGCCAAUGGAACCUGGAGGAAGCGCAGCAACACGUUAUUUAUAAAAUGUCCGCCGUGCCCUCGUCGCAGGAGCAGAGCCAGGAGUUGAGCUGCGGCAUUUCAGACCUGGUUAAAAACAGCGCCCAGUCCCCAACAUCCGCUACAACCCAACGUGACGACGCGAUCCGAAAUGGCACGCAACGAACGCGGCGCUCCGUCAGCACCGAGCGCUUCGUGGAGACGCUGGUGGUGGCCGACAAGAUGAUGGUCGGCUACCACGGCCGCAAAGACAUCGAGCACUACAUUUUAUCCGUCAUGAAUAUUGUUGCCAAACUUUACCGCGAUGCCAGUCUAGGAAAUGUUGUGAACAUUAUUGUGACGCGACUCAUUAUUCUGACUGAAGAUCAGGUAAGAGGAGCCCACCCAGGAAACGCCGCGAAAAAGGCUUAUUUGCUUGGUUUCAUCAUCACCUCCAUCUCUAUCCCGCAGCCCAACCUGGAGAUCAACCAUCAUGCCGACAAGUCUUUGGACAGCUUUUGCAAAUGGCAAAAAUCCAUCCUGUCCCACCACAGCGACGACGGCAAUAGUAUUCCGGAGAACGGGAUGGCCCACCACGACAACGCCGUACUCAUCACUCGGUAUGACAUCUGCACCUACAAGAACAAACCCUGCGGAACGUUAGGCUUGGCCUCGGUGGCGGGAAUGUGCGAGCCGGAGCGGAGCUGCAGCAUCAACGAGGACAUUGGCCUUGGCUCGGCGUUCACCAUUGCACACGAGAUCGGCCACAACUUCGGCAUGAACCACGACGGCAUCGGCAACUCGUGCGGCACCAAAGGCCACGAGACGGCUAAGCUGAUGGCGGCGCACAUCACGGCCAACACCAACCCAUUUUCCUGGUCGGCCUGCAGCAAAGACUACAUCACAAGUUUCCUCGACUCAGGUCGGGGGACGUGUCUGGACAAUGAACCUCUGAAACGAGACUUCCUGUACCCAACAGUGGCUCCGGGGCAGGUGUACGACGCUGACGAGCAGUGCCGUUUCCAGUACGGGGCGUCCUCGCGCCAGUGCAAGUAUGGGGAAGUGUGUAGAGAGCUCUGGUGCCUUAGCAAAAGCAACCGCUGUGUCACUAACAGUAUUCCUGCCGCCGAGGGAACGCUGUGCCAGACGGGGAGCAUCGAGAAAGGGUGGUGCUACCAAGGCGAGUGCGUGUCAUUCGGGACCUGGCCGCAGAGCGAAAACGGAGGUUGGGGUCCUUGGUCCCUGUGGGGGGAGUGCAGCAGGACGUGCGGCGGCGGAGUCUCCUCGUCCAUGAGGCACUGUGACAGCCCAGCACCUUCCGGAGGAGGGAAGUACUGCCUCGGGGAGAGGAAGCGCUACAGGUCCUGUAACACUGCCGCCUGUCCAUCGGGAUCCCGCGAUUUUCGGGAGAAGCAGUGCGGCGACUUUGACAAUAUGCCUUUCCGCGGGAAGUACUACAACUGGAAGCCUUACACUGGCGGCGGCGUCAAGACGUGCGCACUCAACUGCCUGGCGGAGGGAUACAACUUCUACACCGAGCGCUCUCCGGCCGUCAUCGAUGGCACGCGCUGCCAAGCCGACUCCUUGGACAUAUGCAUCAACGGCGAGUGUAAACAUGUGGGCUGUGACAACGUGCUGGCGUCAGAUGCCAAAGAGGAUCGAUGUCGAGUGUGCGGCGGCGACGGCAGCACCUGCGAAGCCACCGAAGGACUCUUCAACGACUCUCUGCCCCGAGGAGGCUACAUGGAGGUGGUCCAUAUCCCCAAAGGUUCCGUUCACAUCGAGAUACGAGAGGUCACCAUUUCCAAGAACUACAUCGCCUUGAAAUCAGAGGGGGACGAUUAUUACAUCAACGGCGCGUGGACCAUCGAUUGGCCCAGGAAGUUCGAUAUAGCCGGGACCGCGUUCCACUACAAGAGACCCACCGACGAACCAGAAUCUUUGGAAGCCCUCGGGGCAACCACAGAGAACUUGGUUGUCAUGAUCCUACUCCAGGAACAGAACCAAGGCAUCCGCUACAAGUUCAACGUGCCCAUCCAGCGCACGGGAAGUGGCGACAACGAGGUGGGCUUCUCCUGGUACCACUUGCCCUGGUCCGAGUGCUCGGCGACGUGCGCCGGAGGAUCCCAGAAGCAGGAGGUGGUGUGCAAGCGACUGGACGACAACUCAGUGGUCCAGAACAGCUACUGCGACCCGGACGGCAAGCCGCCCGACAACCAGCGGGACUGCAACAGCGAGCCGUGCCCUCCUGAGUGGUUCAUCGGCGACUGGUCUGAAUGCAGCAAGACAUGCGAUGGUGGCAUCCGGACUAGGACGGUCCUGUGCAUCAGAAAGAUCGGGGUGGUCGAAGAGGAGACCCUGGAGGACACCCACUGUCUCACCCACAGACCCAUCGAGCAAGAGGUCUGCAACAACCAGUCCUGCCCCCCCAAAUGGGUUACGCUGGACUGGUCCGAGUGUACACCCAAAUGCGGGCCCGGAUUCAAGCACCGCAUCGCCUUGUGCAAGAGCAGCGAUCUGACCAAAACCUUGCCGCCCGCCCAUUGUCCGAGCCACAACAAGCCGCCGGUUCGAAUCCGCUGCAGCCUCGGCCGCUGUCCCCCUCCGCGUUGGAUCCCUGGCGAAUGGGGCCAGUGCUCAGCACAAUGUGGCCUGGGCCAGCAGAUGCGCACGGUGCAGUGCAUGUCCUACACGGGGCAGCCGUCCAGCGAGUGCGCUGACGCCCUCCGACCCGCCGCCAUGCAGCAGUGCGAGAGCAAGUGCGACGCCACGCCUGUCUCCAAUGGUGACGAGUGCAAAGACGUCAACAAAGUAGCCUACUGCCCGCUGGUGCUCAAGUUCAAGUUCUGCAGUCGGGCCUACUUCCGGCAGAUGUGCUGCAAGACGUGUCAGGGCCACUGAGCCCUCCACACAAAGACUGGAAGCCCGCGAGCCAGGAAAGGAACGCCGCCGCCACCGUCAACGAUGACUCUGACGCACCCGAAAUGGGAACGCGACCGUUUGUGGUUGGCCAGAGAGUCAAACCGCCGCUCAGCAGUCUCUCUGACACAAAAACUGUUCACUUCUGUGAAGUGGAGCUCGGAGGAGGAUCGGUUAAUGAUGUUAUUUUAUUAUAAUAAUAAUUCCUGGAAUCAUCGUUGAGUCUUCCUCCGAGUCCAAAGCCCUGGACACGUGGCUAACAGAGGACGGACGGACAGGCGAGAAACGCUGUCGUCGGGGGGCGGACAUUUGGCUUGGCUGCACUUUUUUUGUGUAAAUACUUUAAACGCCAAGGAGAUAUGACAGCCCAGAGCAAGCCCCGCCCACAAUCAUCAGCGUACUGUGUAUUUAUUAUACAAAUUCCACAGUAGCCUUCUGUCUCGGAAGGGAACAUCAUGUCAUUGGAUGAAACCAUGAAAUACUGUAAUUUUGUGUUUCCCAACCUUUCUUGAGCCAAGGCACAUAUCUCACGGCAAGCAAAGGGAAGAUUUACAUAUUCAAUAUAUACUGUAGCUUUCCUUGCCCGCAUAUGAGUGGAGUACCUUAACUCAUCCAAUGCCAGCUGUUUCGAAGGCAAUCAUUUAUUCACUCCCAAUCGCUUUCUGUCCGUGGCUUCCUAACUUCCUGUUUGAUGGGGCAUUCAGUACUUAAAGACCACGGCUGGUGAAAAAUUUCAGCUGCCCUCAUUUCUUCCAGCCAAUGAGAACAAAAAGGCCCAAAGUCAAUAUGGUGCUCGAGGUGCUAACCACGGUAAAUGCUGGUCGUGUUCUUGUCAUGUUUGUACCUCACACUGGGAAUGUAUUUGUUGUAGUGUUAAAAUAAUAAUAAGAAAUGAAUAACAGGACACUUGAAUCCCGUCAUCAACAAGCCAUUACUGCUGGCUCAGGAAAGCGAAAGUUCAUAUCGGACUCUUGUUGUUGUUGUUGCUGCUGCUGCUAAUUUUUAGCGGCCAACAUCAAUGUCAUUUCUUGAAGGAGGCCGUCGAGCGAUGGGGGGAAAAAGGACAGCGGCAGAGCGUUUGGAUUUAAAAACGCUCGGACUUUAAACGAACAAAAAAAAAAAGGUACAUGUUGCUGUGAACUUUUUGAAUGUCACAUUGCUUACAUACUAAAAAGAAAGACAAGGAAAAGCGUCAUGUGAUGAGUUGUGUAUAUUUUAUAUUCAGUAUUAAUGUUGCAACACUGUUACUAAUCCCCCCCCUCUCCCCCACAAAAUGUAAAUUCUAUGCUAAUUUAUUGUGUUGUCUGUUUAUUUUCACUGCUUGUGAAAUUGACAUUUUAGCAUCUUGGGGGAAAAAAAAAAAAUAAGCAGUGACGCAGCCUCUCACCCACAUUUUUAAAAACAAAAAAGUUAGGUACAAUAAAAUGGACUGAUUUUAAAGAGA